GACAGGCAGAAGUCGUAAGCCGAGCGGACGAGCCAUCACUUCUCGGCACCUCUGAGAGCCCAGCCAAGCCGGUGGAGAUGUUGAGACGGAAGCCCUCCAACUGCUCGGACAAAGAACCCUCGCAGAAAAAGAAGUUGUCCUUACAACGUUCCAGCAGCUUCAAGGAUUUCGGGAAGUCCAAGCCAAGCUCGCCCAGUUCCUGCACCGAGUUCCACCUGGAAACUGAGAUCCCAGAAGAUGAAAACGCGCACACACACGAAGAAGGGAAACGCAGCGCGGGAACACUAGGCAAGAAAUGGCGGGCGGUAAUAUCGCGGACGAUGAACAGGAAAAGCGGCAAAUUGAUGAUGAAAGCCAUGGCUGACGAGAUGGGGGAAACGGGAGAGCUUGGUUCCUUAUCUCCCACAUCUUUGGAUAGCAGUUUGGAUGGGAGUUGCCACGGUAAACUGUCUGAUCCUGAGGACAAUCAGCACACAUCUGUCAGCAGGCAGACCUCCACUGGCAGCGAGCUGUGCAGCCCGUCUUAUUCCUACAGCAACAGAGACAGCAUCAACAUAGAAAACCUCGCCCCUCCGUAUACUGGGCCGUUCUGCGGGAGAGCAAAGGUCCAUACUGACUUCACGCCGAGUCCAUAUGAAAAGGAUUCACUCAAACUCAGGGUAGGAGACAUUAUCAACAUCAUAGAGAAACCUCCAGUUGGAACUUGGACGGGCAUGUUGAAUAACAAGGUGGGGUCGUUUAAGUUCAUCUACGUAGAAAUUAUACCCCAGGAAACCGAGACCCCCAGAAAAAUCCGGACACAUGGAAGAAGCAAAACAUCACAACCCAAUACACUGACACUGACAGAGCUGCUUGAACGUAUCAACAUGCAGGAACACAUCGCCACCCUCAUGCUGAACGGUUAUCAGACCAUCGAGGACUUCAAGGACCUGACUGAUAGUCAUCUGCUGGAAUUAAACAUCACAGACCCUCAACACGUUGUUAAACUGCUGACCGCCGCUGAAAUCCUGCUGGAUUAUGACACCCCCAGCGAAACGGAAGAGGUGACCGGGACAUCUUCGGAGCACCAAAACUCCCACCUUCCCCGAGACUCCGGAUGCUACGAGGGACCCGAGAACCUUGAAAGCAGUCGCGACGAGUCCGACAGCCCCGAGGAGAACUUCCAGAAACUGUCCCUAGGUGACGGUGAAGUGACCACUCAGGAAGGAUGACAUUUUUUUUGUUGUAG